ACCUGAGUCUCAGAGCUGGACUUUGACUGGGGGACUUUAAGGAAAUAGGAAAAAACCAAGAGCCACAACUUCGCAAGAUGAGAUGAUUGUGUAAUGGUGUGUGGAUAUCUUUGAGGACAUGGCGAGUGAUGCAAGCACCCUUUCCUGGAAGGUACCCACCCAGGACUGGGAUGGGGGCAUCAAAAGCCCAGACCUCGGUCCUGUUGGAGAUGGCGGUCCUGUGAAGAUCAUCAAAGUGUGCUUCAGCAGCAGCAGCAACCUUAGCAAAAACUUCAAACUGGUCAAAUGUGACAGCUCAUGGCAGAUCAAGACUAUCAUCCAGUCUAUUCUGAUCAGUGGCCGUUUGGGCCCAAAUGUGCAAAACCCAGGAUGCUUUGGGCUGAGGCUCAAACACCUCAAAUCUGAGGAGCUCCACUGGCUUCAUCCAGACCUGACUGUAGGAGAGGUUGAGCAACACUAUGAGAGCCUUCACGCUGAGGCAGAGUGGAGAUAUGAUCUUAGGAUUCGCUACAUUCCUGCUGCUUUCAUGAAAAGGUUAAAAGAGGACAGGACGUUCCUUUUGUAUUUCUAUCAACAGGUGCGCUGUGACUACAUGCAGCAUCAUGCUAGCAAAGUUAGCGACGGCAUGGCUCUUCAGCUGGGCUGUUUGGAGAUCAGGAGGUUUUAUAAAGACAUGAAUGCCAAAGGUCUAGAGAAAAAGUCAAAUUUUGACUUGCUAGAAAAAGAUGUUGGUCUGGACCUGUUCUUUCCUAAGGGCCUUAUUGACAGUAUGAAGCCUAAGCAACUCAGGAAGCUCAUCCAGCAGACGUUUCAGCAGUAUGCAUUACUAAAGGAGGACGAGUGUAUGAUCAAGUUCUUUGAGACCUAUGGAGAAUUCUCCAACUUUGAUGAGGAAAUAUUCCCUUGUGAGCUAGUGCAAGGUUGGAGUUUAGCAGUGGAUUUAGUCAUUGGUCCCAAAGGCAUUCGGCAACGUACCAAAGCAGACUCCACCGCUGUCUGCCUUGCUGAAUUUAGACAGAUCCAAAGUAUCAAGUACAACACACAACGUGAUGGCAGAACAUUGUUACUUAUCGAAAUUGAGGGUGCCAAACAGCCUUUUUCCAUCAGUGUGGCGUCUCUGGCCAUUGCGGAGAACAUGGCUGAUCUGAUCGAUGGCUACUGUAGGUUGCUUAACCACACAGACUCAUCUUUGAUAGUUGGUCCAAAUAAAAGUAAAUCUCCCAAAGGUGUGCAGUUGCGCAACUCUCUUCCUGAAAUUCCCUCCGGGAAGACAGAAAGCUUCAGAUACAGCAACUCUGAUAUAUACUGUGAAAUCCCAGAUGAAAAGCCGCCACCAUCUGCAAAGGUUGGACUGUCCAGGAAAGACAUUAUCCUGAAACGUAUGCUGGGUGAAGGCUUCUUUGGGGAGGUUCAUGAAGGAGUUUACCAGAAAAAGAAUGGGGAGAAGGUCAGUGUUGCGGUGAAGACCUGUAAGGAAUGUGCACCUGAUGUCAGAGAGAAGUUUGUGGGUGAAGCAGUUAUCAUGAAGAACCUGAACCAUCCACACAUAGUGCGACUGAUAGGAGUGAUUGAGGAAGAGCCGGUAUGGAUCGUCAUGGAGCUGUGUCAGCACGGGGAGCUGGGGAAGUACUUGACAAAAAAUCAGCAGAGUUUGACCAAUGUAACUCUGGUUCUCUUCAGCCUACAGAUCUGCAAAGCGCUUGUUUACCUACAGGGAAUGAACAUGGUCCACCGAGAUAUAGCUGUACGAAAUGUGCUUGUUGCCACACCUGAGUCAGUGAAGCUGGGUGACUUUGGCCUUUCCAGAUACAUAGAGGAUGAAGAAUAUUACAAAGCAUCUGUUACUCGUUUACCAAUCAAAUGGAUGGCUCCUGAAUCUAUUAACUUCAGACGCUUCACCGUGACCAGUGAUGUGUGGAUGUUUGCUGUGUGCAUGUGGGAGAUUAUGAGUCGAGGUAAACAGCCGUUCCACUGGCUGGACAACCGUGAUGAGGGUGAGUUCAGCUUCGGGCCAACAAGUAAGGAAGAUGCUCAGCGGCUGUGGCAGGUAGAGAAGGAGCGCAUGCAGGAUACUUUGAAGAUGCAGAAAGAGCAGAUGGAGGAGGACACAAAAUGGUUAAAGAAGGAGGAGAAGCUUCUGGACCCAAUGGUUCAUCAAGACUCAAAGACACCUGAACUGCCACUUAGUUAUGCUGAACUCCGUCAGCCUCCUUCAAAACCACCCAGAAUUGCAGUGCAGCCUACACCUACAGCUGAGCUGGACCGCUCAGAGGAUAGUGUGUACCAGUGUGUCAUGGACGUGGUGAAGGUGGUGGUGCAGUUAAAAAACGACAUCAACACACUGCUGUCUACUGAUUACAUCUCUCCUGUCAAGACUGUCGGACUCUCAUUAAGAAAUCUGAUCAACAGUGUGGAUGAUAUACUACCAACUCUGCAUGUUUCCUGUAGAACAGAGAUUGAAGGCACUCAGAAGUUGUUGAAUAAGGACUUGGCUGAGCUCAUCAAUAAGAUGCGGCUGGCCCAACAGAAUGCCAUCACCUCUCUAAAGGAAGAGUGCAAGAAACAGAUGCUGGCAGCAGCCCACAAUUUGGCCAUGGAUGCCAAGAACCUAUUAGAUGCUGUAGACCAGGCCCGAGUGCGCUCAAACUUGGCCAAACCCAAACCUGAGGACGUAGACUCACUGACAGACUAGAAGAGCUGCUUGGGACAUGCUGACUUGAGUAUACACAACUGUCCUAUACACAGCUUGAGUAUAGGACAGACUGAUUUAUCUGUAUAAUAUUGUAAUGCAGUAACGGGGCAAAACCAACACCAGUAUGGGACAUGAAACCAAUAGAAAUUCAGGCAACUGUUGGACUGCUGUCAUAUCAUGUUAAGUGAUUUGUGUAAACAUUUAUGAUUUAGAAAACCAAGCAGGCCAGAGGGGUAUUCCAGUAAGCAGGGUUAACUUACAGUCACAUAUACCCAGAACUUUUGGUUGAUUAACCCAAAGCUUUCUUACUCACAGUAAGAAAAAUUUUCCAAAAAUGCAUUGCUAUCUUUUAAUAUUCAAGCAGUUUUUGUUUAUUACUGUGAAAAACAAUUAUAUUGUUUGUUUGAUGCUAAAUAUAAAAAUUUGUAAAUGCAAGAUUGACUGUGUAAGACUGAUUGAACAAAAAAUUGUGCUUGCCGUUUUCUUUUAGCAGUUUUCCUUCCAUAUUUGGUGUAAAAAAAAAAAAAAAAGACAUUUUGAAUGCAUAUUCACAAAGUGUGAAAUGAGGAUAAAAUAAAUGUCGCUUUAUGUUGUAAUAGUGCUUUAUAAUAAAACAUUUGUCACUGGAGCCUCAUCAAUAGUGAAUGCAUGUGCUCAAUACCUCUGAAAUAAUAAACUUACCUAUAUAAUAAGCUCCAGAGCAGGUUAUGUUCAGAGAAUAAGUUGUUAUAGCUUCUUAAAUAACCUGAAAGUUACCUAAUUUUUGGAACUGAAAGUUGAGGUUAUCCAUGUACUUAUGCAUGAACUUAGCAGCUAUGACACAUAACCUACUUUUUGGAAUACCCCCCAAGAAUUUUUGUUUACUUUGAUUCUAGAUCUUAUUUUGAGAAAAAAUCUUGUAUAAAUGUUAAUGACAACUAGCUUGCAGAAUCCUCUAUAUGACCCAACAUUCCUCUGGACAUCUCGUCUUAUUAAAUAUAUGUGUUUAUAUCGUA